AUGAAGGGCGUGGCCAAAGCUGUCUCAAUAGCAACUGCAGCGCUCGCUGGCGUGCUGCAUGUCUAUGAGAACCUGGUAUAUCUGAGAGUUCUCCACAGCCUUCCCACUGGCUUAGCGGCUGUCAGUGCUUUACAGACGGAGAAUGCCUUUUACUACUCUUAUUUCCAGGAGUUGGUUGACGUGGAGCACAUUGGUGUUGGCCUCUACCGCAUCAUUUGGGACCACCGAACGGAGUACCCAGAUGUCUUGAAUGCUAUCCGUAGGUUCAACAUCUACCAGGACACAGCUCUUGGCACACUGUAUGUAUUGUCCGAUUAUUGUCCUGUUGUUUGA